AUGGCACAGUCAGUGCUGGUACCACCAGGACCUGACAGCUUCCGCUUCUUUACCAGGGAAUCCCUUGCUGCUAUUGAACAACGCAUUGCAGAAGAGAAAGCUAAGAGACCCAAACAAGAGCGUAAGGAUGAGGAUGAUGAAAAUGGCCCAAAGCCAAAUAGUGACUUGGAAGCAGGGAAAUCUCUUCCAUUUAUUUACGGAGACAUUCCUCCAGAGAUGGUGUCAGAGCCCUUGGAGGACCUGGACCCGUACUAUAUCAAUAAGAAAACAUUUAUAGUAUUGAAUAAAGGGAAAGCAAUCUCGCGAUUCAGUGCCACCCCUGCCCUGUACAUUUUAACUCCCUUCAACCCUAUUAGAAAAUUAGCUAUUAAGAUUUUGGUACAUUCUUUAUUCAAUGUGCUCAUUAUGUGCACUAUUCUCACCAACUGUGUAUUUAUGACCAUGAGUAACCCUCCAGACUGGACAAAAAAUGUGGAGUACACCUUUACAGGAAUUUAUACUUUUGAAUCACUUAUAAAAAUACUUGCAAGGGGCUUUUGUUUAGAAGAUUUCACAUUCCUGCGGGAUCCAUGGAAUUGGUUGGAUUUCACAGUCAUUACUUUUGCAUAUGUGACAGAGUUUGUGGACCUGGGCAAUGUCUCAGCGUUGAGAACAUUCAGAGUUCUCCGAGCACUGAAAACAAUUUCAGUCAUUCCAGGCCUGAAGACCAUUGUGGGGGCCCUGAUCCAGUCAGUGAAGAAGCUCUCUGAUGUAAUGAUUCUGACUGUGUUCUGUCUGAGCGUGUUUGCCCUGAUUGGGCUGCAGCUGUUUAUGGGCAACCUGCGGAAUAAAUGUUUGCAAUGGCCCCCUGAUAAUUCUUCCUUUGAAAUAAACAUCACUUCCUUCUUUAAUAACUCAUUGGAUGGGAACGGUACCACUUUCAAUAGGACAGUGAGCAUGUUUAACUGGGAUGAAUAUAUUGAGGAUAAAAGUCACUUUUAUUUUUUGGAAGGGCAAAAUGAUGCUCUGCUUUGUGGCAACAGCUCAGAUGCAGGCCAGUGUCCAGAAGGAUACAUCUGUGUGAAGGCUGGCCGAAAUCCCAACUAUGGAUACACAAGCUUUGACACCUUUAGUUGGGCCUUCUUGUCCUUAUUUCGUCUCAUGACUCAAGACUUCUGGGAAAACCUUUACCAAUUGACACUACGUGCUGCUGGGAAAACAUAUAUGAUAUUUUUUGUGCUGGUAAUUUUCUUGGGCUCAUUCUACCUUAUAAAUUUAAUUCUGGCUGUGGUGGCCAUGGCCUAUGAGGAACAGAAUCAGGCAACUCUUGAGGAAGCUGAACAGAAAGAAGCUGAAUUUCAACAGAUGCUUGAACAGUUAAAAAAGCAACAAGAAGAAGCUCAGCAAGCAGCGGCUGCAGCCGCAUCUGCUGAAUCAAGAGAGUUCAGUGGUGCCGGCGGGAUAGGAGUUUUCUCAGAGAGUUCUUCAGUAGCAUCAAAGUUGAGCUCCAAGAGUGAAAAAGAGCUGAAAAACAGAAGGAAGAAAAAGAAGCAGAAAGAGCAGUCUGGAGAAGAAGAGAAGGAAGAUGCGGUCCGCAAAUCCGAAUCAGAAGACAGCAUAAGAAGAAAAGGUUUCCGUUUUUCCUUAGAAGGAAGCAGGUUGACAUAUGAAAAGAGGUUCUCUUCUCCACAUCAGUCUUUACUGAGCAUCCGUGGCUCCCUUUUCUCUCCAAGACGCAACAGUAGGGCGAGCCUUUUCAGUUUCAGAGGUCGAACAAAGGAUAUUGGCUCUGAGAAUGACUUUGCCGAUGAUGAGCACAGCACCUUUGAAGACAAUGACAGCCGGAGAGACUCUCUGUUUGUGCCACACAGACAUGGAGAGCGGCGUCACAGCAAUGUCAGCCAGGCUAGCCGCGCCUCCAGGGUACUCCCCAUUCUGCCCGUGAAUGGAAAGAUGCACAGUGCGGUGGAUUGUAAUGGAGUGGUCUCGCUGGUCGGGGGCCCUUCUGCCCUCACAUCUCCAGCUGGACAGCUCCUUCCCGAGGGCACAACUACUGAAACAGAACUAAGAAAGAGACGGUCCAGUUCUUAUCAUGUUUCCAUGGAUUUGCUGGAAGAUCCUACAGCAAGGCAAAGAGCAAUGAGUCUAGCCAGUAUUUUGACCAACACCAUGGAAGAACUUGAAGAAUCCAGACAGAAAUGCCCACCCUGCUGGUACAAAUUUGCUAACAUGUGUUUGAUAUGGGACUGCUGUAAACCAUGGUUAAAGGUGAAACAUCUUGUCAACCUGGUUGUGAUGGACCCAUUUGUUGAUCUGGCCAUCACCAUCUGCAUUGUCUUAAAUACACUUUUUAUGGCCAUGGAGCACUAUCCUAUGACAGAGCAAUUCAGCAGUGUGCUGUCAGUCGGGAACCUGGUCUUCACUGGGAUCUUCACAGCAGAAAUGUUUCUCAAGAUAAUAGCCAUGGAUCCAUAUUAUUACUUUCAAGAAGGCUGGAAUAUUUUUGAUGGCUUAAUCGUGAGCCUUAGUUUGAUGGAACUUGGUUUGGCAAAUGUGGAAGGAUUGUCAGUUCUCCGAUCAUUUCGGCUGCUCCGAGUUUUCAAAUUGGCAAAAUCCUGGCCCACCCUGAAUAUGCUGAUAAAGAUCAUUGGUAAUUCUGUGGGGGCUCUUGGUAACCUCACCUUGGUGUUGGCCAUCAUCGUCUUCAUUUUUGCCGUGGUCGGCAUGCAGCUCUUUGGUAAGAGCUACAAAGAAUGUGUCUGCAAGAUCUCCAAUGAUUGUGAGCUCCCACGCUGGCACAUGCAUGACUUCUUCCACUCCUUCCUGAUUGUGUUCCGCGUGCUGUGUGGAGAGUGGAUAGAGACCAUGUGGGACUGUAUGGAGGUCGCUGGCCAAACCAUGUGCCUUACUGUCUUCAUGAUGGUCAUGGUGAUUGGAAACCUGGUGGUUCUGAACCUCUUCCUGGCCUUGCUCCUGAGUUCGUUCAGUUCCGACAACCUCGCCGCCACCGAUGAUGAUAAUGAAAUGAACAAUCUCCAGAUUGCCGUGGGAAGAAUGCAGAAGGGAAUCGAUUAUGUUAAAAGAAAACUACGUGAAUUUAUUCAGAAAGCCUUUGUUAGAAAGCAGAAAGCCUUAGAUGAAAUUAAACCUCUUGAAGAUCUGAAUAACAAAAAAGACAGCUGUAUUUCCAACCACACCACUAUAGAAAUAGGCAAAGAUCUCAAUUAUCUCAAAGAUGGGAAUGGGACCACCAGUGGCAUAGGCAGCAGUGUGGAAAAAUACGUUGUGGAUGAAAGCGAUUACAUGUCAUUCAUCAACAACCCCAGCCUCACUGUGACUGUACCAAUUGCUGUCGGAGAGUCUGACUUUGAAAAUUUAAACACUGAAGAAUUUAGCAGCGAGUCAGAUAUGGAGGAAAGCAAAGAGAAGCUAAAUGCAACUAGUUCAUCCGAAGGCAGCACAGUUGAUAUAGGAGCUCCCGCUGAGGGAGAGCAACCUGAGGUAGAACCCGAAGAAUCCCUUGAACCUGAAGCCUGUUUCACGGAAGACUGUGUGCGGAAGUUCAAGUGUUGUCAGAUAAGCAUAGAAGAAGGCAAAGGGAAACUCUGGUGGAACUUGAGAAAAACUUGCUAUAAGAUAGUGGAGCACAACUGGUUUGAAACCUUCAUUGUCUUCAUGAUUCUACUCAGCAGUGGGGCACUGGCCUUUGAAGAUAUAUAUAUUGAGCAGCGAAAAACCAUUAAGACCAUGUUAGAAUAUGCCGACAAAGUUUUCACUUACAUAUUCAUCCUGGAAAUGCUUCUCAAGUGGGUCGCGUACGGUUUUCAGAUGUAUUUCACCAAUGCCUGGUGCUGGCUGGAUUUCCUGAUUGUUGACGUGUCAUUGGUUAGCUUGACUGCAAAUGCCUUGGGUUACUCAGAACUUGGUGCCAUCAAAUCCCUCAGAACACUAAGAGCUCUGAGGCCACUGAGAGCCUUAUCCCGGUUUGAAGGAAUGAGGGUUGUGGUCAAUGCUCUUUUAGGAGCCAUUCCAUCCAUAAUGAAUGUACUUCUGGUUUGUCUGAUCUUUUGGCUAAUAUUCAGCAUCAUGGGAGUAAAUCUCUUUGCUGGCAAGUUUUAUCAUUGUAUUAACUACACCACUGGAGAAAUGUUUGAUGUAAGUGUGGUCAACAACUACAGCGAAUGUAAAGCCCUCAUAGAGAGCAAUCAAACCGCCAGGUGGAAAAAUGUGAAAGUAAACUUUGAUAAUGUAGGACUUGGAUAUCUUUCUCUGCUUCAAGUAGCCACAUUUAAGGGAUGGAUGGAUAUCAUGUAUGCAGCUGUUGAUUCACGAAAUGUAGAAUUACAACCCAAGUAUGAAGACAAUCUGUACAUGUACCUUUAUUUUGUCAUCUUUAUUAUUUUUGGUUCGUUCUUUACCCUGAAUCUAUUCAUUGGUGUCAUCAUAGAUAACUUCAACCAACAGAAAAAGAAGUUUGGAGGUCAAGACAUUUUUAUGACAGAAGAGCAGAAGAAAUACUACAAUGCAAUGAAAAAACUGGGCUCAAAGAAACCACAAAAACCCAUACCUCGACCUGCUAACAAAUUCCAAGGAAUGGUCUUUGAUUUUGUAACCAAACAAGUCUUUGAUAUCAGCAUCAUGAUCCUCAUCUGCCUCAACAUGGUCACCAUGAUGGUGGAAACUGAUGACCAGAGUCAGGAGAUGACAAACAUUCUGUACUGGAUUAAUCUGGUGUUUAUUGUUCUGUUCACUGGAGAGUGUGUGCUGAAACUUAUCUCUCUUCGUUAUUACUAUUUCACCAUUGGAUGGAAUAUUUUUGAUUUUGUGGUGGUCAUUCUCUCUAUCGUAGGUAUGUUUCUGGCUGAGCUGAUAGAAAAAUACUUUGUGUCCCCUACCCUGUUCCGAGUGAUCCGGCUCGCCAGGAUUGGUCGAAUCUUGCGUCUGAUCAAAGGGGCCAAGGGGAUCCGCACGCUGCUCUUUGCUCUGAUGAUGUCCCUUCCUGCCUUGUUUAACAUCGGCCUCCUGCUCUUCCUGGUCAUGUUCAUCUACGCCAUCUUUGGAAUGUCCAACUUUGCCUAUGUCAAGAGGGAAGUUGGAAUUGAUGACAUGUUCAACUUUGAGACCUUUGGCAACAGCAUGAUCUGCCUGUUCCAAAUUACCACCUCUGCUGGCUGGGACGGAUUGCUAGCACCUAUUCUUAAUAGUGGACCUCCAGACUGUGACCCUGAAAAAGAUCACCCUGGAAGCUCAGUUAAGGGAGACUGCGGGAACCCAUCUGUCGGGAUUUUCUUUUUUGUCAGUUACAUCAUCAUAUCAUUUCUGGUUGUGGUGAACAUGUACAUCGCUGUCAUCCUGGAGAACUUCAGUGUUGCUACUGAAGAAAGUGCAGAGCCCCUGAGUGAGGAUGACUUUGAGAUGUUCUACGAGGUUUGGGAGAAGUUUGAUCCCGAUGCCACCCAGUUUAUAGAGUUCGCCAAGCUCUCUGAUUUUGCAGCUGCCCUGGAUCCUCCUCUUCUCAUAGCCAAACCAAACAAAGUCCAGCUCAUCGCCAUGGACCUGCCCAUGGUGAGUGGGGACCGGAUCCACUGCCUCGACAUUUUAUUUGCUUUUACAAAGCGUGUUUUGGGUGAGAGUGGCGAGAUGGAUGCCCUUCGAAUACAGAUGGAGGAGCGAUUCAUGGCAUCGAACCCCUCCAAAGUCUCCUAUGAGCCCAUCACAAGCACUCUGAAGCGCAAACAAGAGGAGGUGUCUGCUAUUGUUAUCCAGAGGGCUUAUAGACGCUACCUCUUGAAGCAAAAAGUUAAAAAGGUUUCGUGUAUCUAUAAGAAAGACAAAGGCAAAGAAGGUGAUGGAACACCUAUCAAAGAAGAUAUCCUCAUUGACAAACUAAAUGAGAAUUCAACUCCAGAGAAAACCGACAUGACGCCUUCCACCACCUCUCCACCUUCCUAUGACAGUGUGACCAAACCGGAAAAAGAAAAAUUUGAAAAAGACAAAUCAGAAAAGGAAGACAAAGGGAAAGAUAUCAGGGAAAGUAAAAAGUAA